UUCUAUGAGAGGUUUAUCCUACCAAAACUCACAACAAUUCUCGUGAAAAAAUGAAACAAUUUGCUAAAAAUUAACGGAUUUAUUAUUUCUAUCCUAUAAGAAAAAUUGUGAUCGAUUCACGGGAAAGUCAAAGGAUCUGGAACAAAUAGGUCGUACGGCUGGAUUGAAGAAAAAAGGGAAGUUUUGAUCAAUUGGAGAAUCAAAGAUAGAAAAAAGAAUUUCAGGAAUUGAGGUUCUCUAGAUUAACAUCAAGUUGUAGAAACAAAAGUUAGGUAUAUGAAGAAUCGUGUGGCGCGCGUGGAGCAUAGAAACUUGACAACCACUGCUUUGGAAUUCGAGUUCUUUAUUUUUAUGAGAGGCAACGUCGGAAACCAGCCUCUUUGGAACCCUUCUCACCUGUUACAUACCACCGGCAUUUAUGCUACCAUUUAACCAGAAGUUAAGAGUUCUACCGUGUAUAAAACAUGUUCAACUAUCUUGUCAAUGGAUUGAACGCAUACUUUUUGUCUUUGCAAUUUGGACUCCCAAUGAAAAAUAAUGCCUUCUCAACGAAUCUUAUGAAUGACUUCUCGAACAAAUUCGUUUCUUCAUAAUGGAAACUUUUGUACAAAUUUGUAAAAUUAAAAUUAAUAAAAUCAAUUUAUUUUAUUUUAUUUAAUAAUAUGUUUAAAAUGUUUUAAAAAUAAUAUUGAUCUAAUUCACAGAAAUAUUAGAAAUUAAAUUUUUUAAAAAUACUUUUAAGAUUUUAUUGUAUCCUCAUGUCAUAUUUACUAGAUAAUAUUUUCUUAUUAAACAAACAUUAAGGAAUCUGUGGAACAAAAAAAAUCUUCUCUAUUAAUACCAAUACAUUAAAUUGUCGUGUAGGCGUACGGUGUAAUUCAUGAAUGGAUCUACCUACACUUAAUGUGUAUAUGUUAGCCAACAAAUAAUUUCCGUUCUUUCGACGUGUUAGCACGGUUUUCUAAUCGUCAUUUAUGAUGGCAGCCGUUCGCACGUGGGUGGAAAACAGUGCACGAUAAUUUUCAGCACCAUAUAUGAUCAAUUUUAUAUUGUCAUUAAUGUGUCAAGAUGCGAUCUGUGCCCUUUCCAUGUGGCAUUGUUACGAUUCUAUUUUAUGUCUUAGCCAGUCUUGUACAUGGGCAAAGGCAGGAAUUAGGCAUGUCUUUUACCAGACAUCCACAACCAUUGGAUGCACCAAUAGGCGAUGACGUGAAUUUUGAAUGUAAUUUGAAUCUUGGCGCAGAACGUUUUUCUUGGCGCCAUAGACCAUUGAAUUCAGAUAAGUGGUUGCCAGUUUUUCACACAAUUAGUAAUGGUGGCAAAACAUCUAGGCAUGUGGUAAAAUUUGAUAAUGAAUCGAAAGCCGGAGAUUAUCGUUGUAUAGCUUUUUAUGGUUCAAGUGGUUUAGCUUCUGAUCCGGCAAGAUUAACAUUAGCUACACUACACAAGUUUUCUGAUAAAAAUGAUGUUAUUAUAAAUGUUCCAACAGGAAAUAUUGUACCUAUUACUUGUCCUGUACCUUAUUCUGCACCAGAAGCAAUAGUUCAGUUUUAUAAAAACAAUAAUCUCAUACAAAAUGUUAAUAUAAUUGGUAGCAAAACUAUGAUCAUUGAGAAUGCUAAAAUAUCAGAUAGUGGAUCUUAUCAUUGCACUGUUAGCAAUUAUAUAACUACACAAAUAUAUUCAAGUAAUUAUAAAACAAUUUUAAAUGUACAUAAAAAUAUUAGUUUUUUAGCACCAUAUUUUAUUAAACAACCACAAACAGAAUACAAAGUUUUACGGGGCAAAAAUAUAACAUUAGAAUGUUUUGGUGCUGGUUAUCCAGUACCUUCUGUUACAUGGAGUAGAUUAGGUAGUCCAUUACCAUCAAAUUCCAUAAAAAAUUUGAUAGGUUUAAUGAUAAUUAAUGUUCAACCAUCAGACAGAGGAGAGUAUGAUUGUAUGUGGAGUAGCAAUAAUGCACAUAUAAAAUCUGUAAUUAUAUUAAAAGUCAUGGAAGCUCCAAAAGUAAUUAAACCACCGAAAGCAUCCACAUUCUCUGAAGGUGGAGAAUUAGAACUUUCUUGUGCAGUAACUGGCGAACCACAACCAAAAAUUGAAUGGUUAAUUAAUGGAGAAUCUUUAACACCUAGUGAUAAUGUGGAAAUCAAAGGUUCUACACUUCUUAUAUCUGAAGUUGAGAAAAAACAUGCUGGUAUUGUCCAGUGUGUUGCAAGUAACGAAUAUGGGUCUCAUUCUGGUUGCAAUUUGCUAAGAGUAAAUCCUAAACAACAUAUUGGAACAACAGAAAUCAGACAGGAUUAUGGAAUUUCUAAUUCAAAACAUAAACACACUAGAGGAGGAGGUAGACGAAGAAGUAAGGAAGGGAAACAUAAAGGCACUGCGGUGCUAGUACCACCGAAUCAACCAAAUGUCACAAGACUUUCAGAUGUAUCCGUAAUGGUUAGAUGGUCUGUACCUGAAAAUACAGGACUGCCAAUUCAAUUUUUUAAAGUUCAAUAUCGAGAACUUGGACAAAAGAUGAAUGGCAAACAAGCCAAAUGGAUGACUGCAAAUUCAGAAAUACCGAAUAAUGUACGGGCUUUUGAAGUAACCGAUUUACAACCUGAUCAUACUUAUCGAUUUAGAAUUGCUGCAGUUUAUUCAAACAAUGAUAAUAAACUUAGUCCAAAUUCCGUACGUUUUCAUCUUAACAAAGAUGGUGGAAUCGAAAGUAAUAAAAUGCCUAUACCUUUAUUAACGAAUACUGAGGCUUUAGGUCCGCAUGAAGUAUUACUCAUUUGGCAAAAUUCAGAUAAAUCGGCAAAUAUCGAUGGUUUUUAUGUAUACCAUCGAGCCUCUACUACAGCUGGAGAUUAUAUAAAAACUACAGUUGAAGGCAAAGAUUCUUUCAAUAUAACUAUUUCUCACUUGCAACCAGAUACAACAUACGAGUUUAAAGUGCAAAGUUUUUCUGUGGAUGCUGCUUCAGAAUUUUCUCAAAUUCUUCGACAAAAAACAAAAAAAUCUUUGAACAUGAAUGAACAUAAUAAUUACAAUAAUCGAAAUGAUCAUAGUAGCAAUUUAACAUUAGAUAAUCGCGUAAGACCUGCAGACGAUAAAAAUGUGAAUAUGUAUGCCAUAAUUGGCGGAGUUCUCGGAGGAUCAACCUUGCUAGGUAGUUUAACUGCAGUUGCAGUAAUAUAUAAAAGAACAAAAUACAAACAAAGUCGAGAAUCAUCGCAAAGUGAAGGGAAACCAAUAACAAAUGGAAGAAUAAUGAAUGGUGGAGUAACUGAUUCAAAAAUAAACAUAACUUCAAAUCCACUUGCUGGUCUUGAUACAUCUGAAGAUAUAAUACAGCCUAAGGUCGGUAUUUCUUUAGCCAUUGGUCGCGUGUUCUUUAAAUUCUACUUGCACAUUCUCUGCACUCUCUCUGGAAGCCGCUUUUCUUUUGUAUUUUCCGAACAUCACAUACGUACGUUAUAUAUUAUCUAUAUGUCCAUGCUUCUUUGUGAGUGAAAUUUGAAAGAAGCGAAAUGUUUCUAAACAGACCGGACAACAGUCGCAGAUGGAAAUGGCUUCGUUUCUUAAUGGACAAAACAACAGCAACAACAACCAUAACAGUGAUACUGUUGGAACUGACCAGUGAAGAUCAAUAGACUGAGAUCUCUCUUUGCUCCAAGGAUCGCUAUCGAACAGCUUCUCUGCAAACAACCAUUUUAUAUGUGCUUCGAAAAAUCCUCGUACUCAGGCCAUAUAUUUUCAGAUAGAAGUUACAUCAAACUUUUAUAAAGAACGCCAAUAUUUCCGUUGUGACAAGAAUCAAGACAAAGAUGUACAAACGUUAAUACUGCAAUGAUAUUUUUUUUAGUGAGACUUUAAAGAAACUUUAGUCAUCAGUUAGAUUUACAAUGAAUAAUCCAUUUCAAGACAGUUACAGGGUGUCAUAAUAGGUAUGCUCAAAUAUUUCGAUCGAAAUUGUUAGACACGUAUUUGCCUAACGAUCGUAUACUACGAAUUCAAUUUUUCCCAUUGCACGAUAAAUUGCGAUUUUUUAAAGCUCAAGAUAGAAUAAGGAAUUCGUGAUCGAUCAUGAAAUGGUUAAAAUUUGCAAAGUACCUGUCUAAUAUCUUCUUUGAUUUUUUUUUUAUUUCUAUAUUUUUAUCGCUCUCUUAUUAUAUAUACCCAUUUGACAGUCUGAUAAUUAGUGAGUUUGGAAUUAAUUAGACGUAUACCAGAAAUUCAUAAUUUCGUAAUUGAAUUAUUAUUCAUUUUCGUGAUAUUUAUCAUAUUUUUAUAUUAAUUUUAAUCCAGGCAGCUUUUAAGUUAUGUUUGUUUCCUGAUUUAAAUUAAUUAGUUUAUUAUUUUAUGUUGUAAAUACAUUAGUAAUUACGUUGAAUUUAGGACGAAUGAUAUUGUGCCUGAUAAAAAAGACAGCUGUGCUAUAUAUUUUGUAUUUUAUUAUGCUUUAGAAUAUUAUUUGAUAUUAUUGAAAUUUUUAAACUUGCUAAAUUGCGAUAAAAUGAAAUUUUCAAUUUUUUUUUUAAAUUA